UGCUCCAACCCUCAAACUCACGGCUCAAGUUAAGGCUGAGGCACAUCCCUUACGCCAUCUACCACACGAUCCUCAUUUGCCCUGCGCUUCACAACCACACUCUUCUCCUUGUCGCGCAGUUCCUGUAUUGUUUUCACCGCUCUCUCAUCAUCACCCUCGCCUCCACAUCAAACGCGCAGCAUGCCCAUAACACUCAAGCGCAAGGCAUCAGAAGCUGACCUGCCUCCUCGCACUCCAGCGAUUCCUUCUACACUCCCUCCUUCCGUGGAGGAGGCCUAUCGUCGAAAAUGUGUUCAACUCAAGAACCGCACCAAUGAAGUUGAAGACGCCAAUGAUGCCGCCCGACUUCGUCUUGCCCGUAUCAAGCGCCAGGUUGAAAAGUUGCGAAUAGAGCGCGCGUUUCUACUCGAACAGCUCGCAAAGCGCACGAGCGCAAACGUCGAGGACUCAGACGGCAGCCCAAGCCCACCCCCUACGGACUACCAAUUCACCAUACCAAGUGAGUUAGCUAACCACCAGAAGCCCAAAGAUAAGCCUCUGCGUACGAAGAGAGGCCACCGAAAGUCGAUGAUGCCUGAUUCCGACUCGAAGGCACCAGUCGCUGCAUCUUUUACCAACACCGCAGGCUCCCCAACCUCCGAAACCUUCUCACACCCCCCAGAAAGCCAACCUAAGCCGGCUCAUGCCAACGGUAUCUCUGCGAGCGAUUCUAAGAAGCCCACCAGUGCAUUCGAGCUGUUUUGCUUAGAAACACGGCCUGGUCUCGAGAGCAAGGAGAAGGACAAUGAAAUCCCUGUGAACAUUGAGGAUGAGCUUACUCGUAUUUGGAAGGGUCUCUCUGAUGGUGAGAAAGAUGAAUACGAGGCAAAAUUCGAACUUGCAAUGGCCAAGAGCGAUGAAUCGAAGAAAAGCCCCGCAUCUGACAAGAAGGAUGAUAAGCCUGCUGAGUCAAAGCAACUCGUUCAGGACGAGGACAUAGAGAUGGGUGAUGACACUGAGGAUCAAGAUACACAGGCUGGCGAGAAAGUAGAGGAAUGAGGACAUCCAUUCAAUGUCUCUAGGGGCGUUUUGGCGGGUAUACAAUUUCGCAUGUCAUGACAUCAACCCAUGUACUAGUAAUUAGAUGCUUUUCACAACAAAGAACUAAGUUCUGAGAAAGGAUUCAUAUAGAUUAAGAAACGCAGUUUCUCCGCGCGCA